UUUAUGUAAAUAGAAAUGUGGAAGUUUUCAAAAAUAUUUUUAUGAUAAAAUAUAUUUUGUAUUAGAAACAUUUUCUUAUGAUUUCCCCAAUUUUACUCAGUGUAUAUCAUAUGAUAAGAAAAGAGAAGAUAUCAGAUAGAUUUUUUUAAUGUGUAAUGUCAGUACCAGUUGAUAGUUUUGCACUUAAGUAUGGUUUAUCUUGCGUUGCUGCUUCUGUUGCGGAAUCAGUUACUUUUCCAUUGGAUAUCACAAAGACACGACUCCAAAUGCAAGGGGAGCAUGCUUCCAAUAUAAAGUAUUUUGCCUAUAGAGGAAUGUUAAAGACUGGUUAUGGCAUAGUCAUUGAGGAAGGUUUAAUGAGUUUAUGGAGAGGAUUAACACCUGCUAUUUUAAGACAUUUUGUUUAUACUGGUUGUCGUAUGGGUUGCUAUGAGUAUCUUCGAGAUAAUAUUAUGAAGAAAAAUGUGGAUGGCUACUUCCCACUUUGGUAAAUGUUUUUUAUAAUUUUACUAUAAUUUUACCAAAACUUGUUUGUUGUUAAUAUAUCAUUAUUAUUAUUGUAAUCAUUAUAUACACUACUUUGGAUGUAGUGGAUGUAGUGUUAAGGUUUGGGUCUAUUUUGGUUAGAA